AUGGAUCUGGUCAAGGCGGUUCUGGAUAUGACAAUACUCAAUCUGGAUAUGGAUCAAAUCAAACUGGCUCAACUCAAUCUGGAUAUGGUAGUGGUCAAACUGGUUCUACUCAAUCUGGUUAUGGAUCUAAUCAAACCAGUUCAAAACAAGCUGGUGGUUAUGGUACUGGACAAACUGGAUCUCAUGAUUCUGGUGCCUAUGGUUCAACUACUUCUGGUUAUGGUCAAAGUAAUCAAGGACAACACAGUGGUACUGGUACUACUGGAUACGAUGACAGAGCAGGAUCUGGUGCCUAUGGUAGCUCCACAACUUCUGGUGGCCGCACUAGUGGUCAUCAUACUGGUGGACUUACUGGUGCUACUACUGCUGGUACAGGUGCUGGCUACGGUAGUGGUACAACUGGUCAACAAGGAUAUUCUGACAAGACUGGAUCUGGUGCUUAUGGUUCAACUACUUCUGGUACUACUGGUUACGGUCAAUCCGAUGAUGGUCAACAUUCUGGAGCCGGUGGUGGUGCACCACCAUCUUCUCGUUCCCAUCAUGAUAGUUCUCACCAUCAUCAUUCUAGUGGUGGUCACCAUGGUGGUUCAUCUACUUCUGGAUAUGGUGAUUCAAACUAUUCCACAGGAACUGGUGCCGGUACUGGUGCUGGUCUUGGUUCCACUGGUGCUGGUCUUACUGGUGGUCAACGUUCUGGAGAAUCAUCAAACCAUCCUGGACUUUCAUCUAAAUUUGAAACUGGUGUUGACCAUUUGGAUGCAAAGAUUGCCAAGUUACCUGAAGAAUUGCAAAAGGAAGCUCAUAAGGAAUUCCAGAGAGGUUAUGAAGAUGCCAAAAAGUCUUUUAAAGCUUAGGCAAUUGAUGAUGAUGAUGAUAUAA